UACGUGCGUGACGUCAUUUCCUUCCAACAUGGCGCAGGCAGCAGGUCGCUGAUGGAAAACUGAGGGAUUUACCCCACCUUCUGGCUUUAUUUAUGUUUCUCUAUUGAGGGCAUCGUCCGCCGGAGAAAAUACUCAAUCAUACGGUCAUAUCUAAAAACCGCGGAUCUAGCCUCCACUGGGACAGGUUCUCCUCGCCCCGUCGCAACGAGUCAUGUAUGAAGGCAAUAAGACGAAAAACAUGUUUUUAACCCGAGCUUUGGAAAAGAUCUUGGCCGACAAGGAGGUGAAAAAGGCUCAUCACUCGCAGCUGCGCAAAGCCUGUGAGGUGGCACUAGAGGAAAUCAAGGAGGAAUCGGAGAAAUUAAGCCCACCGGCUGGGGACAACAAGUCCAGUUCUUUGCCGCCAAUCAAAUCGAAGACCAGCUUCAUUGAAGCAGAUAAGUACUUCCUGCCGUUCGAGUUGGCCUGCCAGUCCAAAUGUCCACGCAUCGUCAUCACCUCUCUAGACUGUUUACAGAAACUCAUAGCAUAUGGUCACCUGACGGGCAGCGCUCCAGACAACACCAUCCCUGGAAAAAAACUCAUCGACAGGAUCAUCGAGACUAUAUGUGGCUGUUUCCAAGGACCGCAGACAGAUGAAGGCAUUCAGUUGCAAAUUAUAAAGGCCUUGCUAACAGCCGUGACCUCACAGCAAAUAGAGAUCCAUGAAGGUACGGUUCUGCAGGCCGUAAGAACGUGCUACAACAUCUAUCUGGCCAGUAAGAACAUCAUCAACCAGACCACGGCCAAAGCCACCCUCACGCAGAUGCUGAAUGUGAUAUUCGCCCGCAUGGAGAACCAAGCACUGCAGGAAGCCAAGCAGAUGGAAAGAGAGAGGCACAGACAGCAUUCACCAGUCAGCCCACAAGAACCAGAGUCUCCUGGAAAGCGGCACAUCAACACCCCUGGCAAAAGCCUGCCCAUGGAGGCCAACGGUGGACCGGGACACCAGCGCAGCAAGGUCGAGGAGGGAUCCCCACCAUACGAGAGUCCUGAACCAGAGAACAGCACCGACUUCUGCCCUGUGGAGAAUGAGCAGACCGAGGCAGACCAGGCUACUGCUGCUGCACAAAGUGUGGCAGAGCAUGGCACGGAAGCCACCGAGGAAGAAGAGAUCCAGAACUAUGAAGAGAAAGCACAGGAGAUCGUACAGAGCAUUCUGCAAGAAGUUGUAAAAACGGUUGCUGGAGAUAUUAAGGAAAGCCAUGAGGGCGAAGCUGAGGCAACUGAGGGCAUUCCAAACUCACUGGAAGAGGAGGCAGGGCUGGGCAGCGACAACGAAAAUGUUCACGUCAACGGCAUCCCUGGCACGCCAAUCUCUGCGAGCUUCACUCCGUCCCUCCCCGACGACAGACUGUCGGUCUCCUCCAGUGACACUCAGGAAUCGGUAGCUACCACUGGUUCAGCACCAGGUGCAAAGUUUUCCCAUAUUCUCCAGAAGGAUGCAUUCUUGGUUUUCCGUUCACUCUGCAAGCUCUCCAUGAAGCCCCUUUCAGACGGUCCCCCUGAUCCGAAGUCCCAUGAGCUGCGGUCCAAGGUCCUCUCGCUGCAGCUCCUCCUGUCCAUCCUUCAGAAUGCUGGCCCCAUCUUCAAAACCAACGAGAUGUUCAUCAACGCCAUCAAGCAGUACCUGUGUGUAGCGCUGUCUAAAAACGGCGUCUCCUCCGUCCCCGAGGUGUUUGAGUUGUCGCUGUCCAUCUUCCUCACCCUCCUGUCCAACUUCAAGACACAUCUCAAGAUGCAAAUCGAGGUGUUUUUCAAAGAGAUUUUUCUUUAUAUUCUGGAAACGUCCACAAGCUCGUAUGACCACAAGUGGAUGGUCAUUCAAACCCUUACUAGAAUAUGUGCUGAUGCCCAGAGUGUGGUAGAUAUUUAUGUUAAUUAUGAUUGUGACCUGAAUGCUGCUAAUAUUUUCGAGAGGCUGGUGAAUGACCUCUCAAAGAUCGCACAAGGACGAGGAGGCCAUGAACUGGGUACAACCCCAAUUCAGGAGCUGACUCUAAGGAAGAAAGGACUGGAGUGUCUGGUGUCCAUUCUCAAGUGUAUGGUGGAGUGGAGCAAAGACCAAUAUGUCAACCCCAAUUCCCAGACAAGUCUCGGUCAAGAAAAGCAUUUAGAACAGGAGACAAAUGAGUCGAAGCAUCCGGAAACGAUUAACCGUUACGGCAGCAUAAACUCUUUGGACUCCACUGCCUCAUCGGGCAUCGGGAGCUACAGCACGCAGAUGUCCGGGACAGACAACCCUGAGCAGUUUGAGGUCCUCAAACAACAGAAGGAGAUCAUAGAGCAAGGCAUUGACCUGUUCAACAAAAAACCAAAGAGGGGCAUUCAGUACCUGCAGGAGCAAGGCAUGCUGGGAACCACGCCCGAAGAUAUCGCCCAGUUCUUACAUCAAGAGGAGAGGCUUGACUCUAGCCAGGUAGGAGAGUUUCUCGGAGACAACGAUCGCAUCAAUAAAGAGGUUAUGUAUGCCUACGUCGACCAAAUGGACUUCCAGGGCAAAGACUUUGUGCCGGCGCUGCGCGUGUUCCUUGAGGGUUUCCGUCUCCCCGGAGAGGCUCAGAAAAUCGAUCGACUGAUGGAGAAAUUUGCUGCUAGAUAUUUAGAAUGCAACCAAGGGACUGUUGGAACACUGUUCGCCAGCGCUGACACUGCGUAUGUUCUUGCCUAUUCAAUCAUCAUGUUGACUACAGAUCUACACAGUCCGCAGGUGAAGAAUAAAAUGACGAAAGAGCAAUACAUCAAGAUGAACCGAGGUAUCAAUGACAGUAAAGAUUUACCGGAGGAGUAUCUCUCAGCCAUUUAUGAUGAAAUCGCAGGGAAAAAAAUAUCAAUGAAGGAGACAAAGGAGUUAACUCUCAAGUCAAAUAAGCAAAGUGUGGCCAGUGAGAAGCAGAGGAGGCUUCUAUAUAAUGUUGAGAUGGAGCAGAUGGCAAAGACAGCCAAGGCUCUGAUGGAGGCCGUGAGCCACGUUCAGGCCCCCUUUACCAGUGCCACCCACCUCGAACACGUCAGACCAAUGUUUAAGCUGGCCUGGACACCCUUCCUGGCUGCGUUCAGUGUGGGUCUGCAGGACUGUGAUGACACCGAGGUGGCCUCUCUCUGCCUGGAAGGAAUCCGCUGUGCUAUCAGGAUAACGUGCAUCUUUAGCAUUCAGUUGGAGCGAGACGCAUACGUACAGGCUCUGGCCCGCUUCACGCUGCUGACGGCCAGCUCGGGUAUAACCGAGAUGAAGCAGAAGAACAUCGACACCAUCAAGACCCUCAUCACAGUGGCUCACACGGAUGGAAAUUAUUUAGGAAACUCCUGGCAUGAGAUCCUGAAGUGCAUAAGUCAGCUGGAGCUGGCCCAGCUCAUCGGUACGGGAGUAAAGGCUCGGUACAUAUCAGGAACUGUACGGGGGAAGGAAGGCUUCAUCACCAGCACCAAGGAACAGACGUCUGACGAGUACCUGGGCUUGGGAGGGAACGUUGAUCGCAAACAGAUUGCAAGCAUUCAGGAGUCUAUCGGAGAGACCAGCUCACAAAGUGUGGUAGUUGCUGUAGACCGGAUAUUCACAGGCUCUAUCAGACUUGAUGGAAAUGCCAUCGUGGAUUUUGUACGAUGGCUGUGUGCUGUCUCGAUGGAUGAACUGGCCUCCCCUACGCACCCUCGAAUGUUCAGUCUGCAGAAGAUUGUGGAGAUAUCAUACUACAACAUGGGUCGUAUCAGGCUGCAGUGGUCCAGGAUAUGGGAGGUUAUAGGAGAUCAUUUCAAUAAGGUCGGCUGUAAUCCUAACGAGGAUGUCGCUAUUUUCGCCGUUGAUUCUCUGAGGCAGCUGUCCAUGAAAUUUUUGGAGAAGGGCGAGUUGGCCAAUUUCAGAUUCCAGAAGGAUUUCCUCAGGCCGUUUGAGCACAUAAUGAAAAAGAACAGAUCUCCUACCAUUAGGGACAUGGUGGUCCGCUGUAUAGCCCAGAUGGUCAAUUCUCAGGCUGGGAAUAUUAGAUCAGGAUGGAAGAACAUUUUCUCUGUGUUUCAUCUCGCUGCCUCUGAUCAGGAUGAGAGUAUAGUAGAGCUGGCCUUCCAGACAACUGGACACAUCGUCACGAAUGUAUUUGAGAAGCAUUUCCCAGCCACCAUUGAUUCCUUCCAGGACGCCGUCAAAUGUCUGUCCGAGUUCGCCUGCAACGCUGCUUUCCCCGACACCAGCAUGGAGGCCAUCCGUCUCAUCCGUCACUGCGCUAAAUACGUCUCCGGCCGACCUCAGGCAUUUAAAGACUAUACCAGUGAUGAUAUGAAUGUUGCGCCAGAGGACCGCGUCUGGGUCAGAGGCUGGUUCCCCAUUCUCUUUGAGCUGUCAUGCAUCAUCAACAGGUGUAAGCUGGACGUCCGGACCAGGGGUCUGACGGUGAUGUUUGAGGUGAUGAAGACGUACGGUCACACCUACGAGAAACACUGGUGGCAGGAUCUGUUCCGCAUCGUGUUCAGGAUCUUCGACAACAUGAAGCUCCCUGAGCAACAGACUGAGAAAGCAGAGUGGAUGACCACCACCUGCAAUCAUGCACUUUAUGCUAUCUGUGACGUUUUCACACAGUACUUUGAAUCUCUCAGCGAUGUUCUGUUAGACGAUAUCCUCUCGCAGCUCUACUGGUGUGUGCAGCAAGAUAAUGAGCAGUUAGCGAGAUCAGGCACUAAUUGUCUUGAAAAUGUGGUCAUUCUCAAUGGAGAGAAGUUUAACGCGGAGACCUGGGACAAGACCUGCAACUGUAUGCUAGACAUUUUCAAAACCACCAUCCCACACACGCUGUUAACGUGGAGACCGGCUGGUACAGAGGGAGAUCACAUGACUCAGCUCGACUCUGAUAAACAGCUGGACUCCAUUUCCCAGAAGUCAGUGGAUAUUCAGACUCGGUCAGAUGACCAGCAGUCAGUGAACAGUAUGGAGAAGGCCUUGGCUGACAACCGCAGGCAGAGUCAGUUCAGUGUGGCUACAGGCAUGUGUCAGGGUGGCCAACCAUCCAGAUUGUUCUCUAAAGUCCAGGAACAGCGGCUGUUUGCAGCUCUGCUCAUAAAGUGUGUCGUCCAGCUGGAGCUCAUUCAGACCAUAGACAACAUUGUGUUCUUUCCUGCGACUAGCAGGAAGGAGGAUGCUGAAAAUUUAGCAGCAGCACAGAGAGAUGCUUUGGGCGCUGAUGUACACGUGGAUACUCAGGACCAGGGAAUGUAUCGCUACCUGACCUCAGAACAGCUGUUUAAACUGCUUGACUGUCUUCUAGAGUCUCAUCGCUUUGCUAAGGCCUUUAACUCCAAUAACGAACAGAGAACCGCGCUGUGGAAGGCUGGUUUCAAAGGGAAGUCGAAGCCCAAUCUGCUGAAACAGGAGACCAGCAGCCUGGCGUGUGGCCUGCGCAUCCUCUUCCGCAUGUACACGGACCCGAGCAGGCAGGACGCCUGGGAGGAGGUGCAGAGGAAACUGCUCAACGUGUGCAGUGACGCUGUGGCUUACUUCCUGACCCUGACGUCUGAGAGCCACCGCGAGGCCUGGACCAACCUACUGCUGCUCUUCCUAACCAAAGUGCUCAAGAUCAGUGAUGACCGGUUCAAGGCCCAUGCGUCCCGAUACUACCCUCUACUUUGUGAGAUCAUGCAGUUUGACCUGAUCCCGGAGCUGAGGGCCGUCCUGCGCAAGUUCUUCCUGCGCAUCGGAUUGGUGUUCCACAUCACCCAGGGUUUGGAAGCAGAUCAGCCAUCAGGCGACCAAACUCCCAAUGACGCCUAGAAGCAGCAACAGCAGUGCCUGUUCCUGAACACCACAGACACGCAGUGGUCUCCUCUUGUCAUCUGCAGGACGUUAGCAUCUGAUCUCCUGCAACUAAUGAGGAACGAGGAGAUAGAAAAGAUGGACUGUGUUAGAUAUGACGGUACUAAUAUCAACCCCCCUCCCCCGGCCCACCUCGCCCUUUCAGGGUCUGCUCUGGACAGCCAGUCCCAGUUCAGGAAUUAUGUCCCAUCCACUGGACAAAUGACCAGGCCUUGUAUAAUAGGAUUAACUCAUCUAGAGCAUCAUGAGGAUGCUGAAUAUCGCUACUACUUUACAAAUGCUUGACCUUUGAGAGCUUCAAAAGGUCCAGAUAGAUUUCAAAACAGUGUCUUGGCAUUAUAUUAAAAGCUGUUUGAAGAAUAAGAGAAGGGUUGCAUAUCAAGCAAUGUGAUGGGAUGUUUCAAGUGAUUCAGAUUUUUUUUUUUUGCACUGCUAAUGGCUAACAUUGGCAUGAAUAACUCAGAAGAAACUAGUUGUACAGAAUUCCAGCUUUGUAAUGUAAUCUCAUAACACUAGAUUUUGUUUUCUGUAUCUUUUUCGUUUGUUUGUCGGAUAUUUGCUGCACUUGUUUUCUUGAUCUAAAUGCACUGGAGAUUUUUACUUUUGUGAUAAAUUAUUGAACUAUGCCAUCUUUCCCUCCUUAACGGUCCAGCUGGAGAUUUCUAAUACAAUAUGAAUUGAUUAGUUCAAUUUACUCCAUUUUCUAUAUUGCUGACACUUUUUUUUUAUUAAACACUGGGGGGCAACUGAGAUCAUUUAAAAGGAAAUAACUGGAACUUUAAAAAAAUUGGGGGACGAGUUAAAUGUGAGCUGCAUCUGAGUCACUGGUUUGUAUCCCUGUUGGAAGUUAGGCUUCACACUAUGUGUAAAAAUUUUUACAAAAAAAGAUAAUAUAUUUAAAUUCUUCUCUUUGUUUUUGGGGGUGGGUUGUAUUGUAUAGAAAUUAAUGAUAGCUGCGCUUUAAAACUGUUGAUGGAAUAAGGAUGUGAAGCAUUCCUGGUUAGUGAGGGUGACUGUAAUGGUAAAACCCUGUAAAGUUUUCUAUAUGGAAUAAAAUGAUCUGUACAACUCUA